AUGGGCUUGCAUGCCCACUCCCCUUCCAAUCUGCCAGUUUUGCAGCUUAUUUCACCGCCAGAGUCCCCACUAAACCUGACACGGAUACCUCUACCCUCCCACCUUUCACCCAGAGCCAGAACUUAUGCCAGCGCGGCUGCCGUGAUGUCAGUGAGAGUUACGUGCUCUGAUGACAGUCUCGCAAGCUCCGAGCGUCGGAGAUGCUCGGAGCAUCUGGGAAGUGCAGUCGUGAGCAGCUCUGUGCCCAUUAAAGACUGUGAUCAGUCUGUGAAUAAAGCAGCCUGGUCGCUUAAUUAUCCAUGCAACUGCGCUGACCGUAAUGAGUGGAGUGAGGUCCCGCUCCCCAUCGGUUGCCUCUGCCUCGCAGCGGUCAGUCCCAGUGUGGGGCCCUCAGUCCCCACUCCUCAACAAUUUAAAGAGCCACAAUCCUUAAGGAGCAAUGAGGAAAGGGCUUCAAACAGCCCUGAGGUGGCUGAAAUGGACUCAGACAAUGAUGGUACUGGGUCCAUUAAAGCUAUAGUGCAAAAAGUUAAACAUGUAGCCACCAACAAGAUGGCUGCUACUCCUAGAUCUGAUGUCACUUCCAAGAUGGCUGCUGCCACCUCCAAGAUGGCUACAAAUGUUAUGGCUAAUCCUUUUACAAUGACAGCUGCUUUUAAUCCUGAUAUGCCAUCUGAAAUGGCUACAUGUUUGCCUGCAUCAGCUGACAUGCUGCUAAAUCUUAUUAAGAACCUAAGGGUGGAACUUAGGAACGAUUUCAAAAAGGAUUUUGAAGCAAUUUAUGGUUUCAUGUCGGACAUAAAUUUACGCACGGAAGAUGCUGAAAACCUAAUGACCUUCCAAGAACAGUCACAUCUGGAAUUGUUGGAGAAAGUAAAUGAUCUUCAAAGACAGGUGAACCAGCAAGCAGAAAAUCAGCUGAUGUGGAAGAUAGGAGCAGACUAAAUAACCUCCGGAUCAAGGGGAUAACAUCGACACGGUGGAUUUACCUAAUUAUUUUCAGAACAUGGUAAGGGCAGUUAAGCCAUCUGUUACCAACUCAGACUUAAUUCUGGACCACAUUCACAGGCUGCCUAAACCUCACAGCGUGCCUGCAGCUGCACCGUUUCCAUUAUUAUCACAUAAAGGAGGAAUUGUUGGGUGCAGUACGCACAUCUUGAUUACCUGGUGACUACAACAACAUUAAGAUCUUCCCGGAUUUUUCAGCACAUACCAUGAGACGGCACAGGGAAUUUCAACCUUUUACAUCAGAACUGUGUUGUAGAGGAAUUAGAUAGAAAUGGGGGUUUCCUGUAA